CCCCAAUCCCCAAUCCACCACCGCAACCUCGGAGGCGACCUCCGUCCUCCCGCCUGGAUCCCCGCCUCCGCCCCCUCGCCCGCCCGAUCGCCAGCCUCCUCCUCCCUCUCGCCCGCCCGGGGUCGCCGGAUUCGCUGCCGGGUGGCCACGUCUGGCCUGCGGCAGUCACGUUGGCGGCCUGGCGACCGCGCAUCCGGCGCCCUUUCGGCGUGGAUGUGGGCGGGGGACUCAUGCCCACUGUUGAGGAAGCUGCCGCAGCCGCAGGCCCGCAGCUGGCACGCUGGAUUGCCGGAUAAGUCUUUGAUUUCUUUGGGAGUCCUGAAAUCCUGUCUUCUCUAGUGUUCGUUUUGGACUCGGGCUGAGACACCUCUCCGUGCCCGGUGCCCCUGCCCCCAUCUUCUACAAUAAAAGUUGAAAAAAAGGGAGAGAUUUUUGCAUCUUUGGGGGCAAUUCAUCUCACCUUAACCAAACGCCGCCGACGCCGUUCAAGCUAAGAUUUUAAGGUGCAAGUUAUCUCAUCAAGUUGAUCAAUUUCGGGUGCCAUGACGACGGGGAAUAAGAGGGUUGGAACAUCUGGCGGUGCACAGGUGCUGCCGGAGGAGAUGAUGACAGAAGUGUUCCUGCGGCUGCCCGUCAAAUCCAUCCUCCAGUGUCGGGCCGUCUGCCGGUCCUGGGCUGAUGUGCUUUCUUCUGAGGAAUUCUGCCGCCUUCACAUGGCAAGGGCUGAGGCAGCGUCAGCGACACCUAAGCUGUUUUUCACCUCACCAACAUCUGGUUUCGAUGCCACAUCGGUGUACUUAGGCUCAUCAUCGGGCCCUGAUGAUGGUCUGCUGUUCACUUUGAACAAUGUACGUGGUGAUUUCAUGGAUAUGACAUCUUCACCGUGCCAUGGACUCACCCUUCUAUACGAUGCUGUGGCACCAGCUUACUAUGUUUUCAAUGCAGCCACAAGAACAGUCACCAGGUUGCCGCCUUGCCAAGAUUCGGCAUAUGCCACUGCUGGACUCACGUUUGAUGCCCGGACUAAGGAGUACAAGGUGGUGAGGUUGUUCAAUGGGAAAUAUCUUGAGAAGCAGCAUAUUAAGUGUGAGAUAUACACGCUGGGUGGUAAGCAGGGGGAUUGCUGGAGGCCAGCUGUUGGAGGAGUACCCUUCAGGUUUUGCCUUGCUGCUGAUGUCGCUAUUAGUCAUGCAACAUUAGAUAAACUGCAGCCGGUGUUUGCAGAUGGAUUUCUGAAUUGGCUUAUACAUCCUGAUUUUCUAGUCAUAAGACCACGAGCUGCCAUCCUAUCAUUUUCCAUCACAGACGAGUCCUUUAGAUGGGUCCAUUCACCUCCCUUCGUGGUAUCUGGUGUUCAUCUGGUGGAACUUACUGGUCACUUGUGUAUGGUCCGGGAUCUUCGUAAUGUCUCACCUGAUUGUAGCAUGUUGGAGAUUUGGAAGCUGAAUGAUUAUAGCACUGGUGGUUGGUCGCUGAAGCAUCGCAUUGAUUUAUUACAGCAUGCUGCUAGAGAUUUAACUGACCCACAGAUUAUUAGAGUUAUCGGUUCAGUUAAUGCUUACGGGUCAACAAAGAAGGUAGUCAUUGCUACAUCCAAACGCAAGGUUAUUGCCUACGAUCCUGUGUUGGGAACUCUAGAAACCAUUCUUGCAAUUAGAGAAACCUAUUCAUCUUAUCAAACUGAGCAAUCUGCUCUUAGACUCUCUUUAUUUAAAGAGAGUCUUGUUCCAGUGCAUCAAACAAAUGAAGAGAUGGCAUUGUCAACUCCCCUGGCUGAGGCGACUAGGGAGAUCCUACUCCGACUCCCAGGUGAUUAUACCGUGCAAGCCAAACUUGUAUGCAAGCAGUGGCUUAGGUUGAUCGAGAAUGAAAGCUUCAUGCACUAUUAUUAUUCACAUAACAACAUGGACAGGAGGCCAAAGAUCAUGCUUGUGGGCAAGGGUACUGGAGGAUCGGGUUUCAGUUUUGCUCCCCUAAAUGAAUUGAAGCAGCACAUUCCCAAUCAUGAUACAUGGCUUGACAUGAAGGUGGUUUGCUCCAAGCCAUGCCAUGGUAUGAAUCUGAUAAGCACUGAAAUGAAGGACUACCUCUACAACCCUUGCACAGGUUACCGUUUUGUCUAUCUCAGUCGAGAGCAGUUCACUCAUAUGCCCUGUAAUAAUCCUGGCUAUGGCUAUAUGCCACAAGACCAUGCUUUUGCUGUUGGCAAUAAGAAUGUUGGUUUGGGGUUCAAUCUGUUGAUGCAAGAGCAUGUUAUAGUCCGUUUUUCGUAUCAACGAAAGGAUUUCAAAACCCGCCAAUAUUUAUUGACGAGUACAGUUAUUACCUGUGGCAUUGGCUGUACGCAAUGCCACUUGUAUCCGCCUUUGCCUGUGAAUGACAUGCCACCAACCUAUAUCAAAGGGCUGCUCUACUGGAUGAGCGAACCAAGGUUGGGCCAGACUUAUGAGAGAGCCAUCGUGUCGUUCGACAUAGCAGCAAAUUCAUUUGGUGUCAUCUCCUGUCCUUCAUGCAUUGCAACAUGGAACAAUAGAUGUUCUUCCCUAGCUUUUGUGGUAGAGCUUGAGGGAAGUUUGUGUGCUGUUCUUGCAAAUCCAGUUGCAGAAGAGCUAGAUAUUUGGAAGCUGGAGAAUGGUGAAUGGAGUAUAGCAUAUAAGGUAAAUUUGAAAGGUUGGUCAGGCUAUUCCCUCAGGGCAAAUGUUGUCAUGCCAUUGGCUGUUGAUCCUAAGGAUGGGAGGAUCUUGCUGAACACAGGAAAGAAACUAGGCAUUUAUGAUCCAAGAAGGCAUUCUAUUGAAAGCUUGUACGAUCUUGAUGAGAUGCUACAUGCCAGAAGUGCAGAAAAAUCGUCACGUUUUGGAGUUUGUGAAGGUUUUGACGUUAACAAAUGCAAACAUUCUGUGAAGAAGUCCUGUACGUGGAAGCCACCGGUAAGGCAGCUCAAGAUCUUUAAUGGGUCUUCGCCUGCUUUAUCUUGGAAGAUUUCUGCAAGCUCCAGUGGUGCACAACCUUUGGAGGAAACAAAUCAAUAUACUAGAAUUAUGCCCUUGGUCCCUAUAUUAUACGAGGAGAGCCUAGCAAGUUAUCCCCGUGUGCGCAAAGCAAGGUGUUUAGAACGAUAACAUAUUGUUAACUACAAUCUGCUUCUUUUUUAGUUCAUAUUUAGAGCCUGGGAUGUCGCAGACAAACCCUUCAUUGCCAAUGCUGUCUUUCUAGUAUAGUUUGAUAAUGUAUUAGGGUCUCUCCAUGUUUCUUGUACAUUUGAUUUCUCUUUGGUUGUUAUAAUGAAAUCAGUCUCCUAGUCAAUGUUUCCAAGAAGAUUA